AUGAUAAGAUUCAGUAAAUUAUCAGUGUGGUUUAAUUUAUUCUUCUUUUCAACGAUUUCAAUUACUGUUUUAACUUUCCAAGAAAUUCCAGGCUAUACUUAUGUCAAAACUGGUGAUCCUGAUGUUCAUCUACAAGAUUAUACUUAUGUACGUUUAACGUUUCUACGAGGUCACGUUGUCGGUGAACAAUAUUUGAACAAAAAAGGUGAUUGUAGUGCCACAUGCUCUGACUAUAAUCACACUAGGUAUUAUAAUCAUCCAGAUAAUUCAUCAUUGAAACAAACAAUCAUCUGUAAUGGACAUAUUUAUCGGUGUAGAGAAAUACAUCAUUUUUCUACAUUUCAGACUAUGAGGAUUGACAAUCAACUGUACGAGUUUGUUUACAACAAAGAGAUUAAUGAGUACGAGUUUAGAAAAUCAGACGACCACUUAGCCCACUUUUAUUGGACGAAGAAUCAUCGAUUUGCCAUGCAUGAUACGCUGUAUGACUCUAGUCAUUGUCAGAUGUGCAAGUGCUAUUGUGAUGACGUUUACAACCGGCUCUCAGUGCGUGCGUUCUGCCAGGACUUGGUCUCAUCAAACACAGAGCUAGGAUAUGUCAUCACUGGACUCAGAUUCGCUAUGAAGAAUCGUGUGAUUCUCAUAGAAAUCCAGCAGGGGAAAUUAGUAAGAGGAAAUAUUGAUCAGAAUACAAUACAUUGGAAGACUCGAGACAAGUGUGAAUAUCAUGGAUAUUUGACUUAUGAUCAUCGUUCGAUACAAUUAGAUGAUGUGUUUGUGCCUCCUGGUGAAGUUAUCACAGCUGUUACAUGGGAUAGAUAUGAUCGUCCAACAAAUAAACUAGGACAUAAGAUUGGUAGACUUUCUUUAUCAGUACGGGGAACACUUCUAGAUGAUUACGGAAAUCUGAUGCCUGAACAUUGGACUGCAUAUCACAAAUUCUACGUACGAAGGAGUCAUCUUAAAGUUAAUCGAGUAGACAUCCCAACAUCUGUGACAACUAAAGGCCAAGAAAUAGGUGGACCUAAUAAAUAUUAUAUCAAAUUCCGACCAACAGAUUGGUUUAAAGACUUUGCCCAACAUGUUGUGCCUUUCAUUGAUCUUCAGGAAGUGGUCACUUAUCCUCCAAAACCGUUAUCGGGUAUUGGAGUUUAUUACAGAGCUACUGAAGGCUUUGGUGGAUUUCUAGCAUUCAAAGUUAUGUUUAAUAAGACACUGAAUUAUUAUUUUAUGCAUUAG